AUGCCAAACAUGAUAAGAAAUUAUCUAGGACGAAGAUGUCUCAAUAAUUCUGCAAUUCAAGCAUAUAUCAAACAAAACGCUGCCGUCGCUCGUUCGACAGUAUUCCAAGGAAAUCUCUAUGAAUAUACGGUGAUGAGGGAGUUAUCUGAGAAACUCAGAAUGACAAAACUACAAAAAAUUGGCGGCGCCCAUGAUGGAGGUGUAGAUGUAAGGGGCAAUUGGCCGGUAGAUUACAUUUAUGUGAAAACCUCAUCACUGAUACCCAGUUUAGAAACGACCGACACUAUAAAGAGAACAAACUCCCAGAAUGGCUUUGUUUUGAAGCCGUUGAAAUAUAGAAUGGUUGAUCAUACUUUUAAACCAUUAAAAGUGCUGGUUCAAUGCAAGGCUUUCACUAAAUCCAAGCUAUCUCCAAAGGAAUUCCGUGAAUUGGUAGGAACAUUCACCUCAUUAGUAUCGAGCAGCCAACGCAACAAAACUGUAUGUAUAAUGUGUUCUCCUCACUUGUUGACAAAAGAUACUCUAAAACUUAUCAAUAAUAUCUCGCUCCCUAUGAUAUACCUGCGUGUUGAGAUGCUGAAAGAGAAACCUGAUGGGGAGUUUGACUUGAGGAAUUCAGGAAGGCUGGUCAAUUAUUAUGAGAAUUCUUACGCCUCCGCAUUGCUAAAAGAUUGCAGAAUUCCUGAGUGGUUAAAGCUAGGAAUAUACAAAAAUAAUGAUUUUGAUUUACACGAAAAAGGGAAGGAAAUUCCACUUAAAUAG